GUCCAUUUUGCUAAAACAAACCGAAAUCCCACUUUCUGACUAUAUCUGAUUUGCUUCAAAAGCUCAAAAUUAUCUUCCUCUCUCUUCUUGUCCCUACAGUUCAAGCUUUCGCCGGAACGGUCUGGCAAAUCUGACCGUUGAUUGACUUAAUCAAACCCCACUUGGUGUGUCCGUUCGGUCACAGCCGUCUAGCUGUUCCUGUUAUCUGGGAAUUACUUGAACGGUUGGGUUGGCUUUACUUGCUAAGGUGAAACAACUUGGGCUUGGUCCAGUGAACCAACUGUUCACAACUAAUAUAGAAAUAUGCGAUUGGUUUAAUUGUUAUUACGAUGAUGUUUUUUUUUUUUUGUUGUUGAUGUUCACGUAUUUGUUUGAAAUUUGAAAUUAAAAAAUAGUUUUUUUCCUGGGGUGUGUACGGAAGGCGUUUGAUCUAAGUACUCAAUGGAAUGUUUGAUGCAAGCCCUGAAAUUUGAAAGCUUGAAGAUGGUUUCGGUAUGUGGUGAGGUUGCUGAGAUUUUUUCAAUGGAAGUCCUUUCGUAGCGUGGUUUUUGCGUGCGUCUGAGCUGAUUUUGAUCCUUUAUUUUCUGGGUAAAUUGAAGUUUUUAAGAUAUGGAGAGCAAGGAGCUGAAUUUAAAUAAGGAGUCUGUUGCUGGUGUUGGAAAUAGUAAGGGGGGUGGAGAUGGGUUUAUUGAUAGAAGCAAAGUGAGGAUUUUGCUAUGUGAUAAUGAUGCCAAUAGUUCGGAGGAGGUUUUAUUGCUUCUUUUGAAGUGUUCUUAUCAGGUGACUGCAGUGAGGUCAGCUAGACAGGUGAUUGAUGCACUGAAUGCUGAGGGAUCUGAUAUUGAUAUCAUACUUGCUGAAGUUGAUCUCCCCAUGACUAAAGGCAUGAAGAUGUUGAAGUACAUCAUGCGGGAUAAAGAGCUACGGCGCAUACCUGUUAUCAUGAUGUCGGCACAGGAUGAAGUCUCUAUUGUUGUCAAGUGCUUGAGGUUAGGUGCAGCUGACUAUCUUGUAAAGCCUCUACGAACUAAUGAGUUAUUGAACUUGUGGACACAUAUGUGGAGAAGGCGGCGGAUGCUUGGCUUAGCUGAAAAGAACAUCUUGAACUGUGAGUUUGAUCUGGUGGCAUCAGACCCAAGUGAUGCUAAUACAAACAGUACCACUGUGUUCUCAGAUGAUACAGAUGACAGGUCUCGGAGAAGCACCAAUCCAGAGACAGGAAUGUCCACUCAUCAGGAGACUGAAUCUAUUUCUGCAGCUGCCACCAUCACCAACUGCAGCAACCCUGCUGCUGCUGCUGCUUUUGUGCCUCCUCAAUCUGAUGCAGUGGGAUUUCAGCCUGAUGUGCCAGGAAUUAGUGACCGCCAUAUGGGUCAAUUUUCUUGUGGUCCUAAGAAAAGUGAAUUAAAGAUUGGUGAGUCUUCCGCCUUCUUCACCUAUGUUAAAUCAAGCAUGCCAAAAAAUAAUUCCCCUGGGAGUAUGAGCGUUGACAAUAAUUCUGCACAAAAUGUGAGGGCAGAAGAGAACUGUCAACCAUGUAGUCAACAGGUGAUUAUCAGUACACAAAUACAUGAAAAUGGAGAGGCUUGGGAAAACUGUUCCCAAGGAGAUGAGUUUCCUAGCAGUAGUAGUGUCCCAGAUUCUCUUUCCUUGGAGAGGUCCUCUACCCCACCAGUGUCUAUGGAUUUUCCACACAAAAAGCAUUCCAUGGAUGAAAAGUUUGCUCAGGCACAUGCACCUCCGAGAAAUGAUCCUCAGCAUGAACUAUCUGGUUUAUCUCCACAAACCACGUACCCUUUUUAUGUGCCAGGGGCAAUGAAUCAAGUAAUGAUGCCAUCAUCAGCACAUCUGUUUCAAAAGAAUCUUCAUGACCUUCAAAAUCAUGCUACUCCAGCAAUGCUUUCUCACUACAAUCACCUACCACAGUGUCUUCCACAUGUAAAUGGCAUGGCAUCAUUCCCAUAUUAUCCAGUUGGUAUGUGCAUACAACCUGGUCAGAUGUCUACUAAUUCAUGGCCAACGUUUGGGAGUUCAUCUUCCUCUGAAGUGAAGUUGAAUAAAGUAGAUAGAAGAGAAGCUGCAUUGAUGAAGUUUAGACAGAAAAGAAAGGAGCGGUGUUUUGAUAAGAAAAUUAGAUAUGUUAAUAGAAAACAGCUUGCUGAACGGAGGCCUCGUGUGCGGGGACAAUUUGUUAGGAAGAUAAAUGGUGUAAACAGGGAUCUUAAUGGGCAACCUACUUUGGGUGAUUAUGAUGAUGAUGAAGAUGAUGAGGAAGAGCAGGCAUUGAGAGACUCUUUUCCUGAAGAUGAUACUUCAGGAUAUUAAUUUAAAGUUGUCAGUUAUUGUUGAAGGGCUUAUUCCUUCUGAUGUGGCAAUCUGCAGUUACAAAGCCUUUGUUCUGGAAAUUUAUGUGCCUUCAGCCGUUGCCUGUGUUGACAAACAAGAACUAAUGCUAAAGACGGCUCACUUGUGGAAUAUGAAGAUAAAUCCAUUGUUUGAAGAGCAGGGAUCAGGCCUAGUACAGACAUUCGGUGCUUCCAAAUGCAUACAGGUGGUCGAGGUGAUGUUAGAUGUUGACAUGGUACUUCCCUCGUUUGGACGUCCCUUUUUCGACAGUGUGUUGUGAUUAUCAUUGGGUAGUUACAAAUGGAGUUUACAAGUGUUCCUCCAUUGGAUAUGCUGUGGAAGUGUGCAAUCCAUGCUUUUGAUCAUCUUUAUCAUCGCCCUGCCAAUAAAGACCUUGCAAUUGCUGUUGAAGAAAUGUUUGCCUUAAUGGGAAUUCGCUCUAAACAAGCAUGUAAUCUUGUGCUGGAGUUUUGCAAUGAAAUGGAAAGCAGUGAAGUCAUUUUUCUCUUC